ACUGCUCUGUCUUUUCAAGACUACUCGAUGAGGAACUCUGUUCUUUCAUUUGAAUCGGGCCUCAAGUUAAUGUUCUCGACUAGGGGCAAGCACAAUGUGUGACGUAUGCUCGAAUGAAGUUCAAAUUAGAACGGGUUUAUUACUGUCUGGAUGACCAAGCAUGCAACUAAAGAAAGAGUCAACUUCGAGCAUAGGGUGACGAAUAAUGCAUAUAUUUUAGAUGCAGCAGCAUUUCGCGAUAUAGACAAGACACCUGUUUAUUGUGAGAACACUCGCUUUAGUUGUGUUUCGACUCUAUCGCUGGGGAACUGUCUUAUCACGCGGAGAACGACAUUUUAUUUUAUUUUGGGGGUUCGAUAUUAACGUGCAUGCACACUGGUGCAAACAUGGAGAAUGAUUGCGAUAUUAACGAUCAAAAGCAAGACGUCAAGAAGACCGGGUGUUGUUUUGAAAGGACAUGUUCGGCAUUAACUGUGGAUGAUGUAUACGAAAUGGCUAAAUUGAUUGGCUCGGAAGUGGAAAAACUUAUUGACAGCUACGGUAAAGAGAGCGCCACAGUACUGCUGCCUAAAAUAGUCAAAGUUCUAGAGCUUUUGGAGAGCUUCGCCUCGCGGAACAAUGCACACAAGUCAAAAGAAGAAGAAUUACUCAAAGCAUUUGAAACGCUACAUGUACAGAAACAGAAGAAGACGAGAUCUGUGAAAGAACACGACGAAAGCAGAAAGAUUGAAAUACAGCGGGAGGUGCAGCAGCAGGAGGAGGCAGAGAAGCAGAGGAGCAGGUGCGAGGAGCUGCAGGCCCAGGUGUUACAUCUACAGACUGAGAUUCAGGAGUUACAGAGCUGCCUGAGGGGCAACCAUGCCCAGGAAGACCGUGUACAACGGCAGGAGCGGGAGGUGAUGCUUAAACUGAAGGAAGUGGUUGACAAGCAGAGAGAUGAGCUGAGGGCCAAAGUACAGCAGAUAGCCAGCAUGUCUAAAGAGGUGGAGGCGCUGCAGGAGCAAUUGGAGCGCUUCAUGAAGAUGAAUGGGGAGCUGAGACACAAGCAGAGCAUCGUCACGGCCCAGGUGAAGAAUGCUGUGGAGAGGAAGGCUGACAUGGAGGCAGACCUCAGAGAGAAACAGAAAGAGAUAGAAUGCCUCACCACCCAGCUGGAAAAGGCCAACGCUGCUGUGGGCACGGCCAGUCCAUGUAGGACAGAGUGGGACCUGACAGGCAAGCUGGUGAUAGACCUUAAGGACCCCAACAGACCCUGUUUCACCAAGCAGGAGGUCAGAGAGAUGCUAACAGAGAGGAACGAGCUCAAAGCCAACCUGUUCCUGGUGCAGGAGGAACUCUCCUACUACCAGAGGGAGAUCCUGAAUGAUGAGCGGUGUCCAGGAUUCUUGCUGGAGGCAGUACGUUCUGCCAUAAAGAAACAGAAAACUGUCAUCAAGGCCAAGAUGCUGGGCAUGCCAGAAGACGAAUGCAGCAGUGAUGAGGAGAAAGGCCCCCUGUUUGAGAGGAGAGCAGAGAAAGAAACCGAGACAGACAGCACACACAGCAAACCACAUGAGUCUCGCAUCAGGAACCUCUUUGGCUUCCUGACUCGCUCCGGCAGCAACCACAGCAGCCGUAGUCCCAGUGAAAACAAGGCUGCUUCUUCCGGGGAAAUCAUCGACGACACCAAGACCACCACGGAGACAGAAACCAGACGAUCACCAUGACAACCCUCAACACCCGUCCAACUACACUUGUCCUCCAUUCUGUUCAGUUUUCACUGAAUGUUUUAUACUGGUUAGGUCUCCAUAGCAGCCCUAAGAAAGGAAGAGCAUUCUCUCAUGCCUUCCCUCUUUCUUUUUUACUACCUCUUCGUCCUUGCUCUAUAUACCUUUCUCUCCCUCUGUUUCUCCCUCUGUUUCUCCCUCUGUUUCUCUCAGGAAGAGGUUCAGAAUGGUGAAAUGGCCAAAUAUACACUUUGCAUUGACAAUAACCAUGCAUGACAUUAUUAACAGGAAAAUCUCUGUUGAAUCUCUGAAGCAAAUUUGUAUUGCAAUAUUUUAAUAAAGAUUUGAAGAUGUAUUUUGACCACAGAAAUCAUUAGUAAUCGCAGGAACAUAUUUGUGCCAGAAGAGGGCAUCCUAACUAUUAACAACCAUGGUGGACUUCCAUGUGUUUAACAUUUUACCUAGUGUGUGUUUUUGUUGCCAUGCCUUGUGGUUGCUGUAAUUGUAAGUCUCUGUCAUGGACAUGGUGUGAGGGAACGUUUUGCAGUAAAGUACACUGUGUGUUGAUUCUGACCCUGAAUGUAUUGCCUCAUAGUAACAGUCAUUUAUUGAUUAGACUUUAUAUUCUUAACCAUCAGCUCAUCUCACAUAUUUGAUAGUCUUAUUAUGAGUUCAAUCAUGUCUUCCCCAGGACCAUGAAUUGGGUAUUGGGGUUGAUUGUUAUGUGUCUGCCAAGUGUGUGUGUGUGCCUGUCUGUCCUGUGUGUGUGCCUGCCUGUCUGUCUGUGUGUGUUCACUGGGGCACCAGCACCUGUACGUUGGUUACUGUACAUACAGAGGAAGUGUGUGUUUCCUUGAAAGGAAAUGGUGUGUGUGCUCUCACGCUCCUUCCAUCUCACCAUGUUGUUAAACACACACACACACAACAAUGGCUGCCGUUGCCCCCUACCAUAUCUUAUCGGUACUCAGACUGAUGUAGUUUUCUGACAUUCUAAAUUAAUGCUGCUGGUGAUAGUGUGGAAUGAUGUAUUUUCCUGCAACACUGUAUGUACAUUUCAUUUUUGUAAGCAUGACUGUUUUUAAACGGAGAAGCUUUUGUGCUACAAAAACUAAAUAAAUAUCUGACAUUCAA